GUGAAUAUGAAGUUAUGCCAAGCUGGGCCGAUUGUAGAAAGUAGAUCGACUUUGUUUGCAGAUUUUCACUGUUUUUAUGAUGCGUCGACGUAGGGGAUGGAGAGAAAGAGAUUUUGCCGAAGUCAACAGUGACAUGUGUAGGCUGUGUUUCCAAGGACCUGAUGAAGAAAUUUUUGGAAAAUUCUUAAAGGAUAUAAAUACUGGUUUUUCAGUUCACCAGUAUUGUAUGUUUCUUUCCUCAGGACUGGCUCAGAGAGGAAAAGAUGAUGAAGAAUUUGAUGGAUUUUUAAUCAAGGACAUAAAGAAGGAAAUAUCAAGGGCAAAGAGACUGGUUAGUGACUUAGAUGAAAUUUUAAAUAUGCCUUUAAGCCUGGAUCUCACUUAUGACAGAGUUGGGGUUGGAUUGGUUAUCAGAACCACACAAGCAUACAAUCUAGAGAAAAUCAAAACAAUGGAAUUGGAAAAAAAAUAUAGAUGUUGCUUACGGUACAACUUUGUUGCCUACAGUUAAGUGAAAACUGGAUUGUUGGAGUGGUGACUAGAAGACUGUUUUCGGCAGGAUGGAAAACUGGAAUUUUGAUUGAAUGUCUGUUUGCUUGUGCUUGUAACUCCCAUGAUGUAGUUUUCCCUGAAUCACAGGAGUCAGAGACAAGUGAAAGUGGAAGAAAAUGAUAUGAUGUAGUAAAAAUUGAAAAUCGCAAUUGUAAGCAGAGUUUUAAAAUGAACAGAAUUAAAACCAGAAGAAGCAGGGCAGUUUCAUUUUCUUCCAAUUUCACUUAUGACUCUGAUGCUUAUGAUUCAGUGAAAACCCUCUUACAGUUCUAACUAUGACUUGGAUUCCAAUUCUGUCGCCUGC